AUGUCGUCUAACAGUACCAUGGAGGCAAUCCCCUUCGUCACGCUGAUGUGUGAGUUGUGUGGGAUUGAACAACGAGGAGAAGCCGCAUCCACGCUACCGCCGCUUGCAAUUGAGCAAGUCGCAACAGCUGGAAACGUCAUUCAGAACGGAGAGAGCGCCCAGAGUGCCCAAGAUCCUACAGAUCACCGAGCGUUUCAGGACACCGUCCGACCCUCAGCUUCCCAAGACGGGUCGGUUACACCCUCGCACCAGCCGUACCAAGCGGACCCGUGCCCGGAUUGCGGCAAAGCUAAUUUCAAGACCCCCAAGACUCGUCAGCGACACAUGGAAGAAGUUCACGUCGGAACCCGUUGCCAUUGGCCUGGAUGCAACGUCGUCACUCCCACCGAAGGGGAUAUGAACAGGCACCUCAAGGUUCAUAACAUGGAAGAAACUAUCGGUGAUGAAAUCAGAUGCAACUGGGUGGGCUGUAACAACCCUCGACGCAAGACAACUGAGUCCGUUUACCGCCACCUACGCAAGCAUCAAGUCGAGGCACGAAAUGCAGCUAUGCAGGUUUAG